AUGCCCGUGUUUGUGGAGGACCCCGCUCAUCUCUCUAAAUCUAGACUGAAAUCAGAUUUAGUUGCCCACAAUGUCGAGCUGCCACCUGGCAAGAGCAAAAAGGAGGUUUAUGUGCAGUUGCAUUUAAAACACAUCGAUCAGAAAAACGCAGCGGAUUUCUCUAGCGACGAGGAGGAUCAAGUACAAGAUGUAGCUGACGAGCGGGAGAAACCAGAGGAUGCAGAGAUGCCCGACCCGAGUGGUUUGACUGAUGAUGACCUCAAGGCUGCAUUGCUCGUACACGGGGUUAAAGCCGGACCCAUAGUUGCAUCCACCAGGGCCUUGUAUGAGAGGAAGCUCAGCAAACUGCUUCAGUCUGAUGGACAUUACCAACUUAAUGGAGCAGAGAAAGGUAUCUUGUACUCUGACAGUGAAGAGGAGGAGGAAAAUGGAGAAGAGGAUGAUGCAGAGUCAGGUGCUGAAAAAGAAAAACAAACAGUUGAACAGUCGGAUCAGGCCCAGCAAGAGAGCAGCCAGCUUACUCAGGAGCCUGUGAAAGAUACUUUCAAGGACAUAUUUCCAGAUGCUGAGACCACACCCACGGGGAUCUACGCCACUCGUCGGAGACCCAUCAAGGGGGCAGCAGGGAGACCUGUGCAGUACGCAUACCCAGACACAGCAGUCAGUCCCACGACCCUGGAGAGACGAGAGGUGGAGCGCCGCCUUGUGCCCAUCCUCAUACAGGUUUUGGUCUUCCUCAUUGUGGUGUGCGUCCUGUACCUUAUUUAUGUUUGUCUUUGGGACACCUCAUUCAGUCCGUUUGUGGCCUUACUGGACAGUCUAAACCAGAUGUCAGACAGUGAGGAGGGCCUUUUGCUUCAGACGGAGGUACAGGAUACACCAGCACCUUCUGGACAGGAAUAACUGUGUGUUUUUUAACUGUCUACAUUGAUGAUGAGAUGUCAAGUUACCUUAUUUUUGUUGAUGCAACCAUAAUGACUUUGUCCUAGGAUGUCUUCAGGGAGCAUAUGUUAAUUUAAACAUGAUUUGUUAUUUACUGCGUUUGUGUGUCUGUAUGGGAGCAAACCUCAUAGUCAAGUUUUAUAUUUACGUUUUGCCUAUGGAUGUUUUGCCAAUCUUGUCCCUAUAGUUAAAACAAUUGUGUAAGCAUUGAGGUGCUCUUAAAACUUUAGAGAGCUGCAUAUUUUGUCAAAUGUAAAAAUGAGAAUUGUGUAAUUUGCUAAUCCCAUUUGUGUAACCUGAUGGUGCCUUUUCAAGGAAUUGG